AGUCAUCAGCUUUUAACAAGUUUUAUGGUGACCACUUUUGCUGGCUGUCAAAGAAUUUAUACGUAUCGUUAAUUGUCGUCGUCACCAUCAAGAGUUAUUGGCCACCAAAAGUCAAACCCAACACAUCUUACCAUGGUAGCUCCAAAUUAACACAACCUUCCGUGUUUCAAAGAAG